AUGUCUGCACGGUAUAAGACAGUCGCCGUCAUUGGUACUGGGCCCUCGGGUAUUUCUGCUGUCAGAGCAUUGUCCGACGAGAACAUCUUUGAAAAGAUUCGGGUCUUUGAACGACGAGACCGAGUGGGAGGCACAUGGAACUAUGACCCUAUCCCGGAUUCCUUCUCGACCGGUCUGGAUGGUCAAUUGAAGCGCUCUCUCCCCUCACGGUUCCCACACCAAGCCCCGUUGUCCUCCGAAGACACCAGCGCUCGGACGGGGGUAUACGAUGGUCUCGACAGUAAUGUCGGUGCCAAAGUUAUGGCUUUCACCCACACCCCAUUUCCUGAACUGAACUCAGCCAUCUCCAUCGAACGAUACGGCCGUGACAAUCCCACUCGACCUUUCCGGACAGUUGCCGGUUAUCUGGAAGACGUCUUCCGAGAUCACUAUCAUCUUGUUUCCUUCAACACCAGUGUCGAAAAGGUUGAGAAGGUGAAUGGGAAAUGGGUUCUGACGUUACGACGAUCCGAUCACCUCUCGCACGGCCGGCCCCAUGAAUAUUGGUGGCAAGAGACCUUUGAUGCCAUUGUUGUGGCGACAGGGCAUUACAAUAUCCCAACUGUCCCGGAAAUUCCUGGAUUGAGGAAUGCAUAUGCGGCCCAACCUGAAGUAUUCGAGCACUCGAAAGCAUAUCGCUCGCCCGAUGAUUAUGUAGGGAAGAGGGUAGUAGUGGUAGGAGGAAAUGUCUCCGCUGCUGAUAUUGUCUCCGACAUUCAGGGUACGGUCAACGGACCUCUGUAUCUUGCGCAACGCGGCACCAAUGAAUUCUUCAAGUCUGCGUUCGAAUUGCCCAACGUGGUGAUCAAGCCAACGCUCAAAGAAAUCAACUCGACACCUACUGGAAUCGCUGUCGAGUUCGAUGACGCCACCCGAGUUUCGGGCAUUGAAAAAGUUAUUUUCGCCACGGGUUACAAGCUGUCCUACCCCUUCCUGUCGCCAGACCCGGUGACACCAAACAACCGUCUGGCAGGGUUUUACCAACAUUUGUUCAAGAUCGGUGAUCCAUCCCUUACCAUCAUUGGACAACUCAAAGCUGGCGUCAGUUUUCGCGUGUAUGAGUACCAAGCUGUUGCAGUAGCUCGUUAUUUUGCAGGGCGCGAGGGCAGACCAUUGCCCCCACCCUAUGAACAAGAUGUCUGGGAAGUAAAGAGACUGCAGUAUAAAGGGCCCGGGAUCAACUUCCAUGAGAUCAAAGGCGACUGGAGUGAGUAUUACAGCUUCCUCCGCGAUCUGGCCGGGCCACCGGCAGCAAAUACCUCUGCAUAUGAACUGCCUCCUUGGGACGAGAAAUGGGCUGAACUGGGGUUCGAAGUGAUACAGCUGAAGGAUAGCUACUGGAAACGGUCAGCCCAGAACCAGCUCCGCGCAAGACUGUAG